CGGAGCACUCAGCAGUAGCAGCCUUGAACCUCAAUCAAAGCAACGACGUCCCAUCAAACCAACCCCACCAACGAGCGAACCUCAUCGAAUUGACGAUAACCACCCUUUUGACGACCGGCAUUUCCCUCACGAACGAUAACGAAUAAUCUCCAUUUCUCUUCAGAUACCGCAGCCAUGGCUAUGUUCAGCCAAAAUCCCCUGAUGAACGGGCCCAACUACUCCUUCUCCGAGGCCCCCAAGACCGCCAACGGCGAGUUCAGGCAGCACCGCUUCAACCCCUACACGGACAACGGCGGUUCGACCCUCGCCAUCGCCGGCGCCGAUUUCGCCAUCGUAGCCGGCGACACCCGUAGCACUUCAGGCUACAGCAUCAACUCCAGAUACACACCCAAGGUCUUCAAGAUCGGCGGCACCACCUCAACACAAGAAGAUGCGACAAUCAUGCUCUCCGUCGUCGGUUUCGCUGCCGACGGCGAGGCCUUCAAGGACCGCCUCGACACUAUCUGCAAGAUCUACCGCUACCGCCACGGCAAGCCCAUGAGCGUCACAGCCUGCGCGAAGCGUCUCUCGACGAUCCUCUACCAGAAGCGCUUCUUUCCCUACUACGUCUACGCCAUCCUUGGCGGUCUUGACGAGGAGGGUGUCGGCGCCGUCUUCUCCUACGACCCCGUCGGAAGUUACGAGAGAGAGCAGUCCCGCGCCGGUGGUGCCGCCGCCAGCUUGAUCACACCGUUCCUCGACAACCAGGUCAACUUCAAGAACCAGUACGUGCCGGGCAGCGGUGUGGGUCACGAGCUGCAGGAGCGUCCCCGCGUUCCCCUGGAGCGCAAGGAGGCCGAGAUCCUGGUCAAGGAUGCGUUUGACGGAGCGGUCGAGAGACACAUUGAGGUCGGUGACCACCUGCAAAUGAUGGUCAUCACCAAGAACGGCAUCGAGGAGGUCCUUCUCCCCUUGAAGAAGGAUUAAGGGCAUGACGGGAUUUGGGAAGUGUUGCGGUUGGGGUGGCGUUGUACAAUACAGACAGGUAGCAAUGCCAAAGAGGCACUUGUUCAGCUGAUCA